AUCUUCAACACAGCACGAUAUUCAUUUAGUAAACUCUGGUCGCAUUUAGAGUUAGUGUAAUGCAUUGCAUUAAUGUGAGGUGCAAGCUUUCUUCAGGACCUGAGUUACAAGCUAUACAUCCACAGGGAGUUCAUGAGGGACCUUUAGGCACAGAGGAGGUUUUCAGAGAUGUGGUGUAUCACCUAUGGAGAAAGGAGCAUGAUGGUAACCAGACCAGAGAGAUCGUGUACGCCAUCACCCUGAAUAAUCCCCUGGCUCCCAAGACAGCCACAGCGCUGUCUCACCAUCGCAUUCCCCAACCCCAGAGCACAGAAGAGAGGGCCAGACUGCAUGGUGUCGACAGAGCUUCAUUACAGGAAGCAGUCAUGGGGGCUUGUGAAGGGUUCAUUGACAGGAACUUCUGGAGUGGCCUGGAAGACUACUUCAGACACUUGGGAUAG